ACAGCUAUUGGCAGAAAUUGAGGCACGAGAGGAGAUGUAUAAUCGGCUGGUACAGCUGGGACAAUCACUGCUGCAAGAAGAGAAAAUACAGUCAAAAGAGAUCCAGCAAAAGUUGCAGGCAUUGAUGAAAGAAAAGGAAAAUGUGUACCAUCAGUGGCAGCAGAAGAAGGAGUGGCUGGAGAAGAUACACCUAGAACAGAUGUUCUAUAAAGAUUAUAAUCAUCUGGAGAAGAUUCUGAACUCACAAGAGAUUUAUUUGAAAACCAGUGACCUGGGAGACUCGGUAGAUGAGGUGGAGCGACUGAUCAGGAAACAUGAGGCUUUUGAGAAGCUCCUGGCCUCACAGGAUGAGAAGGUGACUUCUCUUCAGGACCAGGCCAGCAGACUCCAGAAGGAAGGUGGAUUAGGAGGGAUACAGAUUCAGCACAAACUGAGCUCCAUACUAGACAGAAGGCAUCGGAUCAAAGAGCUGUCCCAGAGUAGGCAGGAAAAACUGCAGACUUCACUUCUUCUUGUGGUCUUCUAUCAGAAUCUGGCAGAGGCAGAGGUCUGGAUCGGAGAGCGCAUGAAGAAACUGAAGGACCCUUCCAUCCAAGAUCCCAGCAGCCUACAAGACAAAAUGAAGCUGCUGCAGAAACAUCAAGUGUUUGAGGCAGAGAUUUUAGCUAAUGAGGAGAUCAUCACAGCCGUGAACAAGAAAGGGGAAGCCCUUGUUUCACAAGGGCAUCCCAAAUCAGGGGAGAUUCGUCGUCAGAACCGCAUGCUUCAGGAACACUGGGAGAAGCUGAAGAGGGCUCUUGCUGCUCGUGGUAAGAUGCUGGAGGACAGUCGGGACUUCCUGGAGUUUCUGCAGAAGGUAGACCAGGUGGAGGCCUGGAUCAGGGACAAAGAAGUGAUGAUUAAUAUUGGUGAUGUUGGAAAUGACUAUGAGCAUUGUGUGCAGCUCAUGAAAAAGCUCAAUGAAUUCCGAGGAGCAGCGUCAGGGGAGGUGACAGUGGAUGAUGCUCACAUCAGAGCCAUCAAUGCCCUGGCCAUGAAACUAGAGAAACAAAACAAGGAGGAGACUAAGACAAUAUACUGGCGCCGAAAACAGCUCAAUGACAAAUGGAAUAGUUUCCAUGGAAACCUGAAUGCAUACAAGAGGAAGCUAGAGGGAGCCCUGGAGAUCCAUGCUUUAAUCAGAGAAAUUGAUGACAUCACAGAGAGAAUUAGUGAGAAGAGUGCUCUGAUACAAGCAUUGGAUUAUGGAAAAGAUGUAGAGAGCGUGGCAAAUCUCAUCCGAAGACAUGAGGAAAUGGAGAGAGAAAUCAGUGUCAUUCAAUCCAAAAUGGAGCCACUGCAGUUAGAGUCUUUCCGACUUUGCAAGAGGAAUCCUUCCAUAAAUGACAAACUGACCUUAAAGCAAAGGGAGAUGAAAGACAGCUGGCUACGACUCCAAGGACAGGCUAAGCAAAGGAAGGAAAAGUUGGGAGCCGCGUACCAGUUUCAGAAAUUUAAUCAUGAGCUAAAAGAGCUGCUAGAUUGGUUUAAAAAAACCAAAGGCUUAAUGGAGGCAGGGGGGCUUCCCAAAAGUCCAAGUGAAGCAGAAAGCCUGAUUGAGGAGCAUCAUGAGAGAAAGGAGGAGAUUGAAGCACGAGUGGAAAGAUUCAAUUCACUCAGCAACUAUGGUCAGCAGCUUGCCAAUUCUGGUCAUUAUGCAGCCCUUGAGCUCCAGCAAUCCCUUUCCAAGUUGCAGCAGGCCUGGUCUGAACUGAUCCAGGCAUGGCAGGACCGAUAUGUAAAAUUAUUCCAGGCCCAGGAGUUGCAGAAAUUCUAUGGCUAUGUGGAGCAGAAUGAGAGCUGGCUCAGUAGUAAAGAAGCCUUCCUGGCUAAUGAUGAUUUAGGGGAUUCUGUGUCCAGUGUCGAAAGCCUACAGCGGAAACAUGUGCAGUUUGAAAAGGCUCUAGAAGCACAGAUGGAGAAGAUCAAUGAGAUGGCCUCCUUUGCACAACAGCUGAAACACAACAAGCAUUAUGACUCAGAAAACAUCACUAACAAGUGCCAGGCUGUUUUGAGAAGGAAAGACAAACUUCUAGAGAAUGCUCUGGCUCGCAGACAUAUGCUGGAAGAUUCAAGGCUCCUGCAAAAGCUUCUGAAAAAUUCCUAUGAGGUGGCAACUUGGAUAGCUGAGAAGAACAGUAUUGCCCAGGAUGAGAGCUGGACAGACCCAAGCAACAUGCAGGCCAAGCUGCAGAAACACCAGACUUUCCACGCAGAAAUCAUAGCCAACAGGAAUCGUCUAGACAGCAUCAAGGCUGAGGGUGAGAAGAUGAUCCGAGAGGAACAUUAUGCUCCUGAGGCCAUCCAGGCCAGGCUUCAAGAAAUGGAAGAGCUCUGGGAUGAGCUGUUGGCAAACUGCCUUAAUAAAAAGACCAAGCUACAGGAUGCCUGCAAGGGCCUGCAUUUCCAACGCAGCAUAGAGGAUAUGGAGAAAUGGCUGGAUGAUGUGGAAAGUGAGCUGAAGGUUCCAUAUGCUAGUAGUGACCUGAUAGUCUUGAACAAUCUCUUGAAGAAACAAGAGGAAUUGGAGGAAGGUGUCAUUGCCCACAGGGAUCGAUUACAGGUGCUAGUGGACACAGCCCGUGAAUUCCAGCAAGAGAGACAUUUCCUGGCAGAUGAGUUAGAAGAGAGGGUUGACCAGGUGGUGCACAGGUACAAGAGCCUACAUGAGCCAUUGCAAGAGAGCCGUGGGAGUUUGGAAGCCAGCAGGUUGCAGUACCAAUUCUUCCGAGAUGUUGACAAUGAGUUGGCCUGGGUUCAUGAGAAACUCCCCAUAGCUUCCUCCAAGGACUAUGGCCAAUCCCUAACAGCUGUGCAGAGUUUACAGGAAAAGCACCAGAACUUAGAAAGUGAGAUUAGCAGCCAUGAAGCUCUGACAAAAGUGGUAGUCAAUACAGGACAUAAGUUGAUACGAGAGGGACACUUUGCCUCCCAUGAAAUUACGGAAUGUUUGAAGAAACUUGAGGAUUCUGUGGAAAACUUGAAGGAUGAGGCUAAACAGAGGAGGAGGAGGCUUAUGCAGUCAUAUGAGACCCAUCAAUUCCUGGCUGAGCUGCUGGAAGUUGAGUCUUGGAUGGCAGAAAGGGGGUUUAUCCUUGAGACUUCUGAUUAUGGGAAGAAUGAAGAAUCCACUGAGGCCUUGCUUCGCCAACUGGAGGCUGCCAAGCUGGAUAUGGAAGGGUUCAAGCCCCGGGUUGAGAAGCUACAGGAGACUGGCACUAUCCUAAUAAACAGUGGUAACCCAGAAAGUCAAGCCAUAUUUUUGAAACUCCAGGCUGUACUAGCGGACUACAAGUCUCUCCUGCAGAGGGCUGAAACCCAGAAGAAAUGCCUGCAGGAACAUUGCCAACUGUUUCAGUUUGAGAGAGAGAUCCAAUUGGUGGAUGCCUGGCUUUCCAGCAAACAAGCUGUAGCAACAUCAGAUGAGUAUGGUCAGGACUUGGAUGAUGUGGAGGGGCUGCAGGAAAAGUUUGAAGGUUUUGUAAAGGAGGUAAAACCUCUGGGAUAUUCCAAAGUGUCUUCAAUAAGUGAAUUAGCAUCCAAACUCAGUAAAGAAGGCCAUAGCCAGAUAGAAGAUGUCCAGAAGAGGGCACAGAGGAUCAAUGAUACAUGGGAGAAACUAUGCCAAGCCAUCCAGGCAAGAACUGAGAAUCUCAAAGCAGCUCAACAGGUUCACCAGUAUGACCAUGAUAUAGAUGAGCUAAAGGGAUGGAUGCAGGAGAAAGAGGCAGUAGUGGACAUAAAUGAUUAUGGAUAUGACCUGCCAGGUGUACAGACCCUCCUCAGCCAGCUUGAGGGAGUGGAGAGAGAUCUAGCUGCCAUCAUGAAAGCAUUGGAGCGAAUUCGAGGGGAGGCUAGGCAGCUCAGCCAUCUGUACCCUCAGGUGAAGGAGAACAUUAUGGAGAGACUCACAGAGGUGAAUGAGUGCUGGGAAAAUCUGGACAGGAAAUUCCUGGAGAGGAAGAAGAGGCUGAGCCAGGCAGAACAGGUCCAGGUCUACUUCAACGACUGCAGAGAACUGAUGGUCUGGGCCAACGAGAUGUAUGCACUGGUAAUAUCUGAGGAACUGGCAAAUGAAGUUCUUGGUGCUGAACUGCUAAUUAAGCGCCACGAGGAAUACAAGCGUGAAAUAGAGAAGCAGUGGCUAAAAUAUGAAGAAAUGCAGCAGACUGGGAACAACCUGGUGAAGAAUGGACAUUUCAUGUCAAUGGAGAUUGAAGAAAAAUUGUCAGAGCUGUCAGAGCUGAUGAAGAAGGUGAGGGAGAGCUGGGACCUGAGAAAAAAGCUAUACGAGGAAAACUGGGAGAUCCAGUUACUCCGGAGAGAGCUAGAGCAAGCAGAAGCAUGGCUGGCUGCCAAGGAGAGCUUUGUCUCAGAUCCAAGCUAUGGGGGUUCUGUGCCUGAAGUUGAGGAGCUACUGAAGAAACACCAAGACUUUGAGAAGAUGCUUGCAGCUCAAGAAGAGAAGUUUGCCCAGCUGAACAGGAAGACAAAGAGGGAAAUGAAGCUCCUCCAACAGACUGACACUGAGGAAAAUGAUCAAAAGGAAAAGGGAAAACUCAUUCGGAUCCCCUCUCUAAAAAGAAAGCCCUCAGACAGAAAGUUCCCAUCCUCAAGACUAAUAGAGAUAAAGAGCACCCAACCAUUGCCAUCCAAGUCCUCUCCUAGUCUUGCCUUGAGGAGCCCCCUGAAAACUAUUUUCUCCCCAGUCCAAACAUCUCCAGACACAUUUAAGAAAUUCAGUUAUGGAGAAGUCCCAUUGAUGGUGAGCAGCACUAAUGGAGAGAUGGAAGCUGAGAGAAGGCCCAGUGAGACUAGUUUUCCAUCUACAUCAAAGCCAAUGGGUCCACAUGCUGUGACUUCAGGAAGCCCUGUUUCUCAGAAGCCUUCUUUUUUAUCUACCAGCAGUUUCACUGACCUCUUAUCAAACCAUAAAAAACAUGUUGGAAACGGUUCCCAAUUUGACCUAGAAACAAAGGUAGCCAUGACUUCACCUGGUCCUGGCCAGAGGUCUCCAAAUUUACCACAGUCCAGUUUCUCCUUUGAGAGCUCAGUGAAUGACUUCUCGGUUUCCAUGAGUCACCAGAGCAUGGAGGGGUUACUAGAAAAGAGAGACCAGCUACUUCCAGGAAGAAAAUUGCCAACAUCAAGAUCUUGGAAAUCGUGUUAUGUGAAACUCAGUGGAAAAACACUUGACUUCUACAAUAAUGAAAAACAAGCAGCCCAGAAUAUAACCACAAUCUUGAGUGUCAGUGUUGAGGGUGCCCAGUGUGAGAAGUUGACUGGCUACGUCAGGAAAAACAACACCUUCAGUUUACGGCUGAUUGAUGGUUCAGAGUUCUACUUCUCAGCCCCUUCUCAAGAGCUGAUGGAGGACUGGGUACAGGCCCUGAAGAAUAAUAUGA